AUGCGCUCGGCUGCAGCUUUUCGAGACCACAACGCAAGUUUGUCCGACGUCAUGGUCAACUCGGUCGACUGCUACAGAAUCCAGCUGGCAGUGACGCCCACGUCUUGCGAUAAAUACCCAGCGAAACAACAUGCGCGCAACACUGCCCGCAAGCUCGGAGUUUCUAGCGGACUCAUCUUUCUGGCCGGAGAGCCUACAAUCAAUUGGCGCGACUCCGACCAAGGGCGUCCGUUUCGACAGCGCCGAUACUUCUACUAUCUGUGCGGGGUAGAUGAGCCCGACUGCUCGCUGACAUACGAUAUCGAAUCGGACAUAUUGACAUUGUAUGUUCCGGACUUUGACCUUCACCGUGCGAUAUGGAUGGGACCUACCCUCUCCCGAGAGGAGGCACAAGAUCGCUACGACGUGGAUCACGUUCGUUAUCAGGCAUCGCUGAAGGGGGAGUUGGAGUCAUGGCUCGACUCGCGGGGGAAAGACAGCUUGCUGUAUCUGCUGCACGAAUCUGAGAAGCCCGAGGGCCUGUCGGUGGAAUCACCGCUGGACGUGAAGCAGCUCCUACCGGCCAUGGAUGCCGCGCGGGGGGUCAAAGACGACUACGAAAUCCGGAUGAUCCGUCAGGCCAACAAGGUGUCGGCGCUUGCCCACCGGAGGAUUUUGGAGAAUAUUCAGGACAUGUCGAAUGAGUCGCAGAUUGAGGGUCUGUUCCUGAAUACCUGUAUCUCCCACGGGGCUCGAAAUCAGGCCUAUCAGAUCAUCGCAGCGUCGGGACCCAAUGCGGCCGUCCUGCACUAUCAGCGGAAUAAUGAAUCUCUUCGCAAUAAGCCUUUGGUCUGUCUGGAUGCCGGUGCCGAGUGGAAUUGUUAUGCCAGUGACGUGACGCGAACAUUCCCGCUAUCGGGCGAGUGGCCCAACGCCUACGUCCGGGAUAUCUAUAAACUGGUAGAGCGCAUGCAAGAGGAGUGCAUCAAACAGAUCCGCAAGGGCGUGCGCUUUUUGAAUCUGCACAACCUGGCCCAUGACAUUGCCAUCGACGGUUUAUUGGCUCUCGGUGUGCUCAAGGGUGGCAGCGUCAGUGAGAUCUACAAGUCGGGUGCAUCCCGCGUGUUUUUCCCACACGGUCUAGGCCACCAUGUGGGACUGGAGGUCCACGAUGUGUCUGAAAAAUCCGUCAUGGCCAUGUAUCCGUUCAUCGACCGCGGCUACUACGGCCCCAUCCUAUCCUCCACCUAUCUCUCUCCUUGUACCUACUCCGCGCCGCUGUUGGAGCCGGGCAUGGUUGUGACCGUGGAGCCUGGCGUCUAUUUCUCGCCGCUCGCUCUGGCGGAUGCACGCAAACAGCCUUUUGCCAAGUAUAUUGAUUUCGAGGUUGCGGCGAAGUACGUUCCCAUUGGGGGGUGCGCAUUGAGGAUGAUAUUCUGGUCACUGCCAAUGGCUACGAGAACCUAA